AACUACAGCUUGGAAGUCCACAUACAUAUCCAUACUUCUGUUGCCUAUAGCACCUUCUAGUUGGCAAACUCUCUGCAGACUGAGACAUGGGUUUUGAUCGUGCCAACACGGCUAACUGCGUCGCCACUGGCCGCGGACGCACCGUCUGUGUGACCGGCGCCGGCGGUUUCAUCGCGUCAUGGCUGGUGAAGCUCCUCCUGGAGAAGGGCUACACCGUCCACGGCACGGUCCGGAACCCUGAUGACGUGGCAAGGAAUGCCCACCUGGGAGCCUUGGAAGGGGCGGCGGAGCGGCUCACCCUCUUCCGGGUGGACCUGCUGGACAAGGAGAGCCUCAUCGCUGCAUUCCGAGGAUGCGAAGGCGUAUUCCAUACCGCAUGCCCCGUCACCGAUGACCCGGAAAAAAUGAUCGAGCCGGCGGUAAACGGGACGAGAAACGUGAUCAACGCCGCGGCGGAGGUGGGCGGCAUUCGGCGUGUGGUAAUGACGUCGUCGAUCGGCUCCGUGUACAUGGAUCCUCGUCGUAGCACCGAUGGGGAGGCCGACGAGACAUGUUGGAGUGACCUCGAGUUCUGCAAGAACACAAAGAACUGGUACUGCUAUGCAAAGACGGUGGCGGAGCAGGCGGCAUGGGAGCUCGCCAAGGAGAGGAAGCUUGACCUUGUGGUGAUCAACCCGUCUCUAGUGUUGGGCCCUCUACUACAGUCGGCGGUGAACGCCAGCACGUGGCACAUCGGCAAGUACCUUGACGGCUCGGUGCAGACGUACACCAACGCAGCACAGGCAUACGUGCAUGUCCGUGACGUCGCGGACGCGCACGCGCGUGCGUACGAGAUGCCUGACGCGCAUGGCCGGUACCUCUGCGCGGGGCGCACGCUGCACCGCGCCGAGGUGUGUCGUAUCCUCGCCAAGUUCUUCCCGGAGUACCCCGUGCCCAUGAGGAGCAAGGAAGGGGCGGGCGAGAUGAAGAAGGGGUGCCGGUUCAGCAGCCGGAGGAUCAUGGAGCUCGGUGUCAGCAUCACGCCGGCGAGCCAGUGUGUCUACGACACUGUCACCAGCCUUCAGGACAAGGGCAUCUUACCCCGUCGCGACGCUGAUAUGUCCUGACAACUCCAUGGCCAUGGGCACCUUGGUCAAGUUAGAUGCGUGCCCGUUUGAUGAUUGCAAGUCGUGGCAUUGUAUUCCCCAUUUCCUCCUUACUUGUUCACCAAUUAAUUUAAGUGAUCUUUAUUGAAAAAAUAUGUCCGAAUCUUUA